UGCAGGCUGCAUCCUCCCUACCGGCAACGUGGCAACACUUAAAAGUUGUAGACUACUGUUCUUCCCCAUGUAGACUACUACCCGAGGACACGGUUACACAUGUGGAUAUGACACAAACAAGGAGGACUGUGGUUGUAUUGUUCUAAUGAACCUGAAGGUGGACGUGAUUUCCUCUUUUCCAGCCUUCUUGGAUUGUAGCUGUCAAACUCCUCAGGGCGUGCUCCACUGUUUACUGUCAGCUCACUGACACACGCAAGACGGAAAUCAGUGUUAUGCACAUAUGAGUAGUAUGUGUUUGAUUCUUUUAGUAUUGGCAUUUUGGUAAAAAAAAAAGAAAAAAAAAACUUCCAUAUUUGGAAUGCUUUCCUUUGGUUUUGGUUUUCAGUGCAGCAACAACACACAUGGGUUUUAUGUUGUGUGAACUUUAUCCCCCUGUUAUCAUGCUGACUUGUUAUCAGGAGAAGUUGUGAGUUUCCUGUGAAAUGAUGUGGCAGUUGUGAAUGUACUUUGGCUGUGUGGCACGUGUGAGCUUUAAGGUAGGCUGGCCGUGUGUAAAAGAGGUCAACAUGGAUCACAGAGGAUCUCACCCUUGGCCCCAGUCUGGUCGCCACUCUCACAGAUCAAAAGAAAAGGAGGACUACCACAGGUAUUCUCACCAGGACAGGGACCAGAGUUACCCAUCACCAGAUCCCAGAGAGAGGGACAGGCACCGGGCUCAUUCUGAUGCUCGCUACAAGGCUCACUUCACCAGUCCUCUUCCCAGACCAGAGCCGUAUCCUUACAGCCCUCAGCAGUACCCUUACAGCUAUGGACGACCAGAAUACCAAAGACCCCAGUCCAGGCAUGGGUAUGAUUAUCCACCCCACGGUCACUGGGACUACAGGGAGAGCUACGGUUAUUAUGACCAUGACUACUACAGUGGACAGCAAGGACGACCAGAUGCUGGCCAGUGGAUUCCCCAAGACUCAUGGAGAACAGAACAUCAGGAAAGCACUUAUAAGCAGGAACAUCCAGGGACCUCCUACACUGAGGAGUACAGGUAUGACCAAGGGAGAGACAACUCCCAGCAUUACGUCAAUGACUACGAGGAUCAUCCCUCCAGAGAGAAUGAAGAGGUUUCCUCUUAUUAUUUUGGGACAUUAGAAAGUUCCAAAAACUCAGGGUUAUCAUCCAGCAGCUACGAACUGAGUCAGUACAUAAAUGGAGCUGAACACAAUGCCCCUGGUGCACAAUCUGAAACAGAGCAUGGAGCUGUGCAUCCAAUGUCGGCUCCACUGAAGUACUCAAUCCCUCAUGGGGUUGUCAGCUUUGGACCUGCAGGCCAGCUGAUACGGGUCACUCCAGGCUUUUCCACACAGGAGAAAGUCAGUCAGCUGGAAAUCCACAGUCUGGAAGUCAUCCUGAGUGAAACGCAGGAACAGCAGGAGAUGAGAAACUUCCCUGGGCCCUUGACUAGGGAGGAUUUGCACAAAGUAGAUGCUAUAGAGUUUGCCCACCAGAGGGCAGGCGGGUGUAUGAAAGAUGACAAUCUGCAUGAUAAAAGCUCUGCUGCCCUCUUGUGGAAUCUACUGAUACUGAUGUGCAGACAGAAUGGACAAAAAGUUGGGUCGGAUAUUGCAGAACUGCUUAUGCAGGGCUCAAAUUCAGAUGGAAGCUGGGAGUCGGAUACUCCUACACUCAUUGACUUCAGUGAGGGCACAACUGCUGAAGCACCACCCAGCAAAGGAGAUGAUCUGCUCACAGGAAACUGGACCAGCUUCAGCUCUGAGACCUCUGAGAAGGCCCUGCAGAGCUACACAAAACUGCUGCUAGCUGGAAGAAAAAAGGAGGCCUUGGAGUCAGCUAUGGACAGUGGCCUGUGGGGGCAUGCUCUUUUUCUGGCCAGCAAAAUGGACAACAGGUCUUAUACCACUGUGCUGAACAGGUUUACAGGCCAGCUAACAGCCAAUGAUCCCCUUCAAACCAUCUUCCAGCUGCUGUCCGGUAGAAUCCCCUCUGUUGCCACGUGCUACGGAAAUGAAAAGUGGGGUGACUGGAGGCCCCAUCUGGCUGUUAUGCUCUCCAAUGAAACAGGUGAUCUUGCCACGCAACAGAAGGCCAUCAUCACCAUGGGGGACACACUAGCCUCCAGAGGUCUCUUACAUGCUGCCCAUGUCUGCUACCUGACAGCCAGCGUUCCCUUCGGGGUGUUCAUACAGAAGGCAGCGAGACUGGUGCUACUGGGUAGCAGCCACAAGCAGUCCUUUGAAUACUUUGCCACAAACUCUGCUAUCCAGUGCACUGAGUUGUAUGAGUACUGCCAGACACUUGGGGGCAAAUGCCUUUCGAUUCCAUCCUUUCAGGUGUAUAAACUCCUGUAUGCCAGUCGACUUCUGGAUUGUGGACUUGCAUCUCAAGCCUUCCAUUACUGCGAGGUGAUAGGACAGGCGAUCCUCAGACAGACUGAGCCUUACUUUGUCUUGACUGAAGAGGUUAUUAAGUUGGCAGACAGGCUGAGACACUCUGAAGGUCAGUUCAGUGAAGCAGGGGUUAGUGGAGCUGAGCAGGAACCUGACUGGCUGAAACAACUGCGCGCUAGGCACCACAGUUUAAAGACAGGAAAUUAUGACUAUAUUGAAACAUACCAGCCACCUCAUGAUGGGCGUGCUGUGGCCAAUGAGGAUAGAAAAAUGUUCUCAGAAUCAGAUCUGGAUGAUCCAAGGUGCAAGGACAUCCAGAGUCCACAGCCUGAACUGCUUUAUUACAGAGGCCAUGAGGAUCAAGAAACUCCUCUACAUCAACUUCAAGAAAGAAAUGAGGAAAUGACAGCUUUGUCAUACGACAUCAGAGGACCUCAUAUGCCACAGGCCAAUCCUUCAAUGCCGGUAACGGAGCUUUAUGCUCCCUCAGCGCCCACAAUGGCUGGAAGCCAAGACUUCAGUUAUCAUAACACAGAUAGUGCUGAAGUUGGAACAGCCUUGCCACAUUGUCCUUUGAGUGAUGUGCCAUCAGCAGCAGAGGGUACUGGAUUGUCCUCUGUAGAAGGCACUGUGGAGGGUCAGAUGCCUGAGGUCGACAUCUGUCAUCAGGGAUCAGUGCAGCAGAGUUUCCCGCAAGGUUUAGAAGCCUCCGAGCAGACCGAGCCUCCUAAACAGACCACCAAGGGGGGGUGGUUUAGUGGUUGGUUCAAAUCAAAAUCCAAAGAUGUCCCAAAGGAGAGCUCAGAGCACCGAAGCCCACCUCAGACAGAGCUACCACCUACCACUGGGUUUUACCCUCCUCCCCCACCUGCUGUUGUUUCCCCUGGCGUGUUUCCAUCCCAGCCCUCCUCAGCUGGAGUCAAUCCCUUUUCAAGGAAAGCAGGGCAGCAGCUGGGGUAAAAACCUUGUCACCACCACUAGCCUGUAUCACAGGAUCACUGGCACCACUAAAACCAAAGUAGUAUACCACAACACCAACCAUUAACAUUGGUUAAAAUCUCAUGGGAACGUCACCUGAGCUUGGAAGAUCACCAAUAAGAACCAUACUGUUCACCACCACCCACUUUUCUUUUUUAAGGAUGCCCUUUUAAACCCCCUUAGCUUGCACAUCAUCAUGAGGCACGUGUGCAACAGAAAUACACAAGAUGGAUAGGGAAAAGUAACUCAUAUUGCAGGGCAGUAAAACAGUUGGGACAUACUUCCUAAAAGCUGACAGCAAGAGAAUUGCCAGGACAUUUUUGAGGAAAGCAAUAUAUUAACUGAUGCCAGUAAUCGUUUAUGCACAAGGUAGUUUACCCGAACCAUCGUACCAGGAAAACCUUCUCUACAACUGACCUACUAACCGCCCAGUGAAUACAUCAUCGGACUCUCACAACCCAAAUCACUCUUAAGUAAUUAUCCAUACUAUAUAUAUAUAUACUGCUCAAGCUACACAUUUAUUAAAUGUAUUAUAUUUGAAAUGAGUAAAUCCACAUCUUUUAAAGAUAAAACACCAAUGCACUUUAACACAAUUACACACAACCAAAUUAAAAAUACAUUUAAGUAAUAUGAGAACCAAACUAAAAUGUAAUCUAACGCUGCUGUGAUUUAUUAGCCUUGCAGAAGCCAGCUUCAAUCUUGCUGAGCUUACUGAGUAAGCAGAACUUGCAGCCUGCUUAGUUAAUUAAAGCACAAAAGUCAGCAAUAUUUAGUUAGUUUUUUAUCUUAGCACCUGUAAAGCGGAAUCGUUUGCUGCUAAAGAUGCAUGGUACCACAUGGUGGGUGGGGGAUGGAGAUUGGGAAAGACCUCUGCCAGGCAAAAAGCCAACAUGGCCCAACACACAGCCGGCAGGCACUUGCAGGUCAGGAUCAAAUUGUUUAUGUACUGAUGAUAUGUACACCACCUUCUUCUGAGAAAUGGCUUUACUUAUAUCUCUAUUAUAUAAACAUUUGGUUAAAUACAAAGAUAUGCCAAGCUACUAAACUGUAUAUAACACAGACACAUUAAUAUAUAUUCUUGGAUGUAAUUUUGAUAAUUUUUAAAAAUAAAUUAUCUUAUCACCUUGUAAACAUGUUUUUGAUCAUAUAUAUGUACGUCAUGUCGGUUGUAUGUAUUAUUACAAUAUGCACAUGCUUUUUUGUACCUCAGUGCCAGCACUUGAAAUGUAUUAAUUACCAGUUCAUAGGUGCAUUUUUGUCUUAAAAGUAUUUCCACAAUAUUACAAAAUGUAAAAACUUUAUUUACACUCAGCAAUUUGUAAUUUUUAUGAUAUGCCACUCACUUAAUAGCAAAAUCAUCGAUUCAAUACAUAUAUCUUGCCAAGUAGUGGGGAUGCCAAAAGGGGCUUCUCACUUAUUGAAGAGCAAGUGACAACAUGACAGGUGCCGUCUACUUUUACGAUUAGUCUGCAUGGGCCAAGUUUCAGAGGGGCACACUAGCCAAAAAAAAACAGCACACACAGUUAUCCAGGAUGUGUGUCCCAGCUCACUGCCUGCCAAUAAUGUGUCAGAGCAUAAUAACAUUCAGAAUGGAUCACAUUACGAAAGACAGAUUCGAGUGGCAUUCCAAAACCUCUCAGUUUAUGCAGGUCUCCUCAGAUGUAUUAUAUUAGUGGAUCAGUUUGGUUGGUUAGCAAAUAACAUUAUUAGUUAAAGAAAGGCCUGAUGACUGCUUUGAAGGAUUACCAUUUGGUAGAAAUUUAUUGAGAUUCACCUUUACAAUAAAAAUGUUCACUAUUUAUGCAUGGUUGGUUCCCUUUAAUCCACCAAGAAGACAUUCACACAAACUUAACAUGAUUGUUGUGCUUAUUGGUGUCAUUGAAACGACAGUUUCACAAUUAA